AUGCAGGUCAGCAUCUGUGAGGAACACACCGCAUCCGAAGGUUGCACGAAUGAGCAAUGUGACUCCUUGCAUAUUUGCCCCUACUACAUAUAUGACCUUUGCGAAGUUCCUAAAUGCGAAGCCGGGCAUGAUAUCCACACAGAUCACAACCACUUCAUACUCAAUAAACAGUUUUUGGGAAGGAACUACAAUCUGCCCGAUGUGAAGAAGCUCCUGGAACCAGGCAAAUUUGUUCCAGACGUAUGUGAGGAGUACAACCUCAGAAGUGGAUGUGAUCGUCGACAUGAAUGUCUCAAGAUGCAUCUGGAUGUCCUCAAGGAAUGUCCAGUGGAGACAGAGGAUGUAAGAUAUUUGAGGAAGCUAUUCAAACUAGACACAGUUGUUCCAGAUGUAUGCGAGGACUAUAACCUCAGA